UAUUUUCAAGGAAGGGAAAGUGCCCAUUACGUAAUGCAUCCGAAAAAAGGUGUAUAUUGCGCACUGCGCAAUGAGAUGAACCUGUUAUGAAUGUUUUAUGGACAUCCAAAGAUAAUCGAAUUGUUCAUCAAUUGAUUACGAUUUAUUGUAUCAUUGUGCAUAUCGAGUUUCUGUACCAACCACCAGAGUGUUAGGCCUACUGUACCAGUCUGUAAAUUAUAGAAUAAACUUCAUUUUCAUAGGCAUUUCAGCAGUCAAGUAAACCCACUAAAUUCUUGAAACAUGGAAAACACAAUUCAGUUCCAAGAAGAAGUGCAGGAAGCAUUUGGUAAAUACUAUGACCAUAGUAACUAUCCAACAACAGUGGCCAGUGAGCUCUUGCAAGUGCUUUCCACAAAAUAUGAAAACAAUCUGACAUUAUUCAAAGAAGACUUUGUGAAACCUACACAAAAAUUGCUGGAAACUCUUAAGCAAAAUCAGAUGCAUUUGUAUACUAAGCAAGACCAAAAAGUCAAGAUCAUAGUUCAUCUUGCACUUUCAAAGACAGUUCAAACUGGAGAGUUCUUUUUCUGUGUUGGCCACACAAACCCAGGAACAUUGACUGUAAAGUUCUGUAAGUAUGUCACACAAUUAGAAAAUGGGAUAAAUCUAGCUGAACCAAAGUACACCACAGUCAAAAUGACAGUUGACAAGAAUUCUCUCAACGAGUGUCUGACACUGGACUACUUCAAAGAUCUGCGUGAAAAUGGAGAAAAAAUGGGAACUGAGAGAACAUCUGUGAUGUUCCGGUUGUGUUGGGUGAAGGUACUUGAUCAAAACGUAGUUGGGGGAUUUUUGAAGAUAUAUGAUGCAAAAAAAAUACUUUCACAUAGAAAACAGAAGAAGUUAGUGAAAAGUAUUUCUUCACCAGUGCCAAUACAACAAGUCAACAUCCAGCCAUUUCAUAAACCACAGCAAGUAUCUGACGAUGCUAGUUUUAUAAACCAUCAACAUAUGGAAGAACUUAAUUCAGCAUCAAAAAUCACUCGACAACAAGCAUAUGAGGACUCAGAUCCAACUGGAAUGGGAGGAGGUGGAUAUGUGACUUCAACAUCUGAUAAUUUAAAUUCACCUCCAGAUCUUAAAAUAGUUUCAGAUACAGCAGUAGCAUCUAAACCACCAGUGAAUGAAUGGAAGACUCACAAUGACAACAAUGAAUAUGGCCAACAAGGAAUUGAGAGUGGUGGAACAGGUUUAGCCCCAAGCAAUACGUCUGCAAAGGAUGUUAGAGAAUUUGAGGGUAUUGGACCAACAGGAAAUAACCCUCAGCCAGCAAACAAUGUCAAUAGUGAUAAACCUGCCUCAAGCAUACCAUCUGGGGCGAGCUCGUCAGAUGGGGGAACAAAAGAGAAGCCUGCCAAUGAUGUGGAUGAUGGAUAUGUUGGAAGAACCAAGGGUAUGGACCCAAGUAGCACCUCCAAUUCUAUGGCACAGACAACUGAGAAAAACGGUGGACUUGCAAAGGAAGUUAGUGAUGGGUACGUUUCACAAGAGAAGGCCACUGACCCAAAUAAGUGAUUGUAAACCAGAUGAGAUCUUGUCGAUCCUCAAAAGAAUUCUAUGUCUUCACCAAAGUCUUAUUAAAUUUUUUCUAAUCAAACUUUUAUUCUAACAUAUUUUAAUGUAUUCACAAAUUGAAUGUCUGAAUGCAGUGAAUGAUGAUAAAUUAUUGUAAAUGAAAAGGUGUUAAUGGUCAUAGUUUUUUGUAGCAAUACAAUUUUUUUGUGACGUUAGAAAAUUGUAUGUCAACUAUGAACUCUACCUAUCAAGAAAUGUAAAUACUUGUACAAAUUUAUUAAAUUUCUUCACUAAACUUACAAGCCAGCAUUUAC